UUAUUACUGUAAAUUUGGUUGUUCACAGACCUAUUUUUAACCCAGGCUGGGUGUGUCUUUCUUCCUGGCUCCAUUUACCAACUAAAUUAGCGAAGGUGUGACCAACCAAGCGCUUUUACUUUUGAUUUCACUGAAACCUUUCAGAGUAAAUUCUUUCAUUUUAACUUAACAUUUUAAGGACAUUCAGAAUUGCAGCUUUUCACUCUAGUGAUAAAAGCGUGUGCUUGUGAACAGCAUGAUGUCGGAGGAGGGACAGAAGAGAACGUCUCAAGCGGCUCGAGGUCAACGCACCGCUGACGGGCAUCAUGAGGGGACUUGUGACUACUGCGAAGGGACAAAACGGAAAGCCAGCAAAUUCUGUCUGCGGUGUCAGAUCAGCUACUGUGAGGAGCACCUUAAGGAUCACCUUGAAGUCCCUGCGCUGAAGAAACACAGGCUGCUUGACAGUUCUACAAACCCUCAGGAAAUGAUCUGUUCCCAGCAUGGAGAGAUAAGGAACAUAUUCUGUCGCACUGACUGUAAGUGUAUCUGUUAUCUCUGCUCCAUGAAUAAACAUAAAGGUCAUGACACAGUAUCAACUAACACCGAGAUGAUAAAGAGGCAGACAGAGGUCAGUGAAUUUGAGGAGAAUGUUAAAGAGAACAUUCAGGAUCUAGAGAAAGCCAUAAACCAACUUCAGCAGGAGAUCAAUCAGAUCAAAUGUUCAGCUGAGGAAGCAGUACAGGCCAGCGAGGCCAUGUGUAAUGAGCUUGUCGGACUCAUUGAGAAGAAACGUUCUGAGGUCAGAAAUCGAAUCAGAAUCCAGCAGGACGUGGCAGUCAGACGAGCCAAAGAAGUUCAGAAUAAUCUGGAAAAUUACCUUUCACAGAUGAAGAGGAUGGAAACACAAGUGGAGCAGCUCUCGUAUACAAAACAUGACAUUACAUUUCUCCAGAAUAGCCACUUAUUGCCAUGCGUGAGCAGGUCCACAGUCUCUGCUGGUUUCAGUAGCCGCCCUCUGCAGUACUUCAAAGAUGUGCAAACAGCAGUGUCAGAGGCCAAAGAAAAAAUAAAGCAACUUCUAACGAAGGAAUGUGAAAAGAGUUCAAAGAAAGUGACUGCAGUUGAUGUUUUACUGCCACAGUAUCCAAAGACCAGAGAGGAAUUCUCCAUAUAUUCAUUUCCUUUCACACUGAAUCCAAACACGAUGCACAGACAGCUGUUAUUAUCUGAAGGGAAUACAAAAGUAACAAAUGUAAAGGACCCAAUGCCAUUUCGUAUUUGUUCUUAUAAUGAAGGGUUCAGGGACAAGUGCCAGGUUCUGAGUAACGAAUGUUUCACUGGACCUUGUUACUGGGAAGUGGAGUGGAGUGGAUUAGCAGUUACAGUAGCCGUGUCAUACAAGAAUAUCAGUAGAUUAGGAAAUGAGGGGUUUGGUAACAACAAAAUAUCUUGGGCACUGAAGUGUUCAAGUGAAAAUUACUACAAAUUCAGACACAACUGUCAGGUCGCUGCUGUCUCAGGCCCCCCCUCCUCCAGAAUAGGAGUGUUUCUGGAUCCGGGUGCAGGGAAUCUGUCCUUCUACAGCGUCUCUGACACCAUGAAUCUCCUCCACAGAGUCCAGACCACGUUCACUGAGCCUCUAUAUGCUGGGAUUUGUGCUGAGUUUAAAGGGGUUAAAGCAAAACUGAUUUUGCUCAAGAAUACAUUGGCUAAAGAUUGAUUUACUCAUAUAAGGACUCAUUCGGUGAUAAAACAUGAAGUGACUUUUCUGUAGCUUGUUUUUACGUUUUUGUUUAAUUACGGAUGUGAUUUAACAUUGUGGAGACAUUUUAUAAGCACUGUGCUAAAAAAGUCACAAGUGUGGACAAAAAUAGAAGCUGGUUGUGUAAUUGGCUCUGCUGUUUGAGCCUGACUGGUUUGAUAAAACUGUCAUUUUGUGACAUCUGGGCAAUUUUCAGGCUUUCUAGGCCACAUCAUCAGAUGUCAUUGCUUGGGUCACAUGCAUUUCUCAGUUGUCUUUAGUAUAUUUUUGUUCCUAGUUUCUGCUUUAGAUUGUUUUUAACAGUAAUCUCAAGUCUGGUCUGUGCUUUUCUCCUACAACAGGACGGUUGCUUAAAAGAAUAACACACAUAUGGUUCCAGAACUCUAGGCUUGACAUUAAGGACCACGGAUAUGCUCUUAGUUUGACACUUGUUUAUAUCUUAACGGAAUUCCCCAUAUAUACUUAUGUCCUCGGGUAAAGAUCUAUAGAUGUAGUAAUUGUGUUAUAAUUUCAGAUACCUCAACACUACAAUAAUUUUAUUGCUAAAACACAGGUUAAUUGUUGAUUAAUGCAUUAAUUGUUAUUUGUGUAUGUUCUUACUGUCUAGUACUAGAUAGUGAUGAAACAAUUUAUCUUGAUGACAUUUCAACUUUUGCAUCACCAUCAGAACCUUAUCUAAGACGUCAAUAGUGAUGUGUAUUUUAUUUUCGUUGUUUACGCAUUCUUAAUCUAAUUCUAUAUUGAUUUAAAUGUCAGAAUAAUUGUUACAUGUUUAUUUGUGUUAUGGUGUAGUGGAACUUUGAGCUUAAUAAAAAGUUGAAAGUAUAGUUUGGUAGGAUAUAAAUAUAGGAUUAUUUUAAAUAGGAUAGUUUAAUAAAGUAAAGGGCGGUACUUCUUCUUCCAGGUCCAGCCACUGGCUGCACAAAUUCUCCGCCUCUUCAGUUCAAGGUAUUUAGUGUGUGUAAACCUUUGUCCUAGUUCCUCCUUCUGCAUAACUUAACUUUAACUUAACUUUCUCUCUUUUAUCCUCAAGACGCAUCGAUUUUCUCUAUCUUCUGUUCUUCUUCUUCUUUUAAAUUAAAUCCCCAAAUGAAACUGUGAUUUUGGGUUAAUUAGAAAGCCAAUUCACGUGACGCCAACUAAACUUUUUCAACAAACGUAAAAUUUUCAGUUGUCUUUAGUCAGUGUUUGUUUCUAGUUUUUGCUUUAUAUUGUUUUCAAGUUGGUCUGUGUGUGCAUUUGCUGGACACUUAAGGGUUUUUCGAGUAUUCAGGUUGUAUUUUCUUUCUAGUUAUAAUCUAGUUCCUGCUGUGUGCAGUGAGUUUUUGGUACUAGAUUCUGUUGUGUGCAGUGAGUUUUUGAUACUAGAUUCUGUUGUGUGCAGUGAACUGGAUGAUGAGCACUUUAUUAACUUUACGUGUGAUUGAGUUCACGCACAGUAAAAUGACUGAAUAUAAAUUCAAACAAAGACAAUUUGUGUCUUUCUUUGAAUUUGCAUUAAAAUGCAAAUUCAAAGCAGCCUAGCAAAUAGAACACAGAUAAAAACAGGAGGAAAUGCACUUAAGCAUUCACUUAGGCAGCAACACGGCAGCUCAGAUCGCCUAUCAUAACCGUGCUGUUCCUCUCUGCUUGUGUAUGAGGGGCCCUGUGACAGAUUGACAACCAGUCCAGGGUAAAAAACUACAGCUGGGACAGGCUCCAGCACCCUGUGUUCCUCUUUCUGCCCUCCUCCUGAUCUACAGUAUGACUAAAAUGAAUAAUGCUUAUAUUCAGAUUUAGUAAUUAGAUGUGUGAACAAAUUAAACAGUAGUCGAUUCUAUCAAGAAUAAUGGUCUGUUAAUAAAUCCUAAUGAAGUUCUGUUUAGUCCUACACCUGUGACACUAAUACAGCUCUAAAUGUAAUAAAAUUUGCAUCAAUAAAGAAUGAAAACUGGAAACAGUUGCAUUGAA